AUGGCGAAGCUGACACCCUUCCUACUGGCAUUGUUCUAUCUCUCAUCUUCCGUCCGCAGUCUGCCAGCGGGAGAAGCAGCAAGAAGAGGUCCAGCUAAGGUGGCAGCUCGCGAGAUUACCUUGACAGAUGUGUCGGUCACUACAAGUUAUAGCACAGCUAUCACAUCGUUGCAGUCGGCUUCUCCCACUGUGGAACCAUCCAAUACUGGCAGCUUUUUGACGGGCCUUCCUUCAGGUGGUUUCACUAAAGAUCCAGUUGAUGGCCCGGGAACUACAACAGCCACCAAGCCACUGUGCCCCGAUGAAACGCCCCUUGAGCCUGGUCCCACAGCACCUUUCAAUCCAGCUUCGUCAAACAUCUUCCAAUCUAUUGCGAGCGCAGUAAUUCCAUCGGCUAUUCCUUCCAGAGCGGAUCACCCCGUUCAGAGACAGAACAUCGACGACAGAGACGUACCGGCUCAGACGAACAAGUUCUAUGCCAACUUCUUCCUUGGCAGCCAAUCUUUCCCGACCUGGACACACCCUUACUCUCUAUCGUGGGCUCGCCGAAGCGAUGGUGGCCCAAACGGUAUUGCCAUUAGUCACACAACUCGGGACAGAUUUGCUUUUGUUCCAAAUGCUGAUGACACUCGGUUCUUCAUCUCACCGCUCGGUAUCCAACACAUCAUACUGUCCGCAAAAGAGCUAAAGGCGGAUACAUAUCUCUCCCUUUCACGUUUGGGGGCCUUCUCCACAUAUGUGAACUUGCGACCAAACAACCUCCAGGGUACCCGCAUCAUGAUGUCUCUUCCUGUUGUUCAGGGCAUGGGCAUGAUGACAGCCGUUUACGACAGAGCGACACCAGUUAUCAAGACCACUGUUUUCUUCUUGUCCCUGGAAUACGUUGCGCUGAUCAAUGGUAUUACGCACAAGUAUCGGAUCGUGCUCAAUGAUGGGUCGCACUGGCUUCUCUAUGCCACUUCGGACGGGUCUGUUGGUACACCUCCCUUCGUGUUGGAGAAUAGCGAGACCAUCACCGGCCCUUCCGAUUUUGUCGGCAAGAUCCAAGUCACCAAGAAUCCAUCAGGCACGGCAGUAGAGGGAAUAUUUGACAAUAGCGCCGGUGUGUACCCAGUCAAUGCCAGUAUAUCUGGGAACGUCAACGGGGCUUUCGGGAGUUACACAAUAAAUUGGGCCAAAGGCGGUGCAACAGAGCGACCGUUGCUGAUGUACGCGCUACCUCAUCAUGUCGAGUCGUUCGAUCAACAAACUGCGGCCGCCCUGAAAGACAUCACACUAGUCACCACGACGAAAGGCUUUGCACGAGCUAUUGUUGCCGACAAGAUGACAAUGGUGGAGAACGACCUGCCCGACAGUAUUGGGUUUGCCCCUUGGGCCAAGAACCCCAGCGCAGCUGGGGGCUCGGAGAACAUCAAUCUGAACGCCCAGGCGCUCGCGCUCAUCAACCAAGCUGGCAUAGCUGAGCUAAGCCAGAACAUGAUUCCGCAGACCUCACUUAACAGCAUGUACUACUCCGGCAAAGGUCUGGCCAAGUUUGCUGCCAUCAUCUAUACAAUGAACAGCAUGACAGGCAACAGCCAAUAUGCUUCUGCUGGUCUAGGCCGCCUCAAGGACGCUUUCAACGUCUUCGUCAACAAUACGCAGCCUGAGCCACUCGUCUACGACCAGGUUUGGAAGGGUGUCGUCUCACGCGCCAGUUACUCUGGAGACCUCGGUUUAGACUUUGGAAACACGUUAUACAACGAUCACCACUUCCACUACGGGUACUUCGUUUACACCGCUGCCGUAAUCGGCCAUCUCGACCCUACAUGGCUCGGCGAAGGCAGCAACAAAGCCUGGGUCAACAAUCUCGUCCGCGACUUUGCAAACCCCGUAAGCGACUCGGAAUUCCCCUUCCAGCGCUCCUUCGACUGGUUCCACGGCCACUCCUGGGCAAAAGGCCUCUACGAAUCCGGCGACGGCAAAGACCAAGAGUCGACCUCAGAAGAUACCUUUGCCACCUACGCACUCAAGAUGUGGGGCCGAAUCAUUCAAGACGCAAACAUGGAGGCACGAGGAAACCUGCAACUCGCAGUUCAAGCCCGUAGUAUCAAGAACUACUUCCUCAUGGAAGCCGACAACAAGAACCAACCCGCCGGCUUCAUUAAGAACAAAGCCACCGGCAUCCUCUUCGAGAACAAAAUCGACCACACCACCUACUUUGGCGGAAACAUCGAAUACAUCGAGGGUAUCCACAUGAUCCCGCUCAACCCCUCCUCUGCAUACACCCGUCGCCGUCAAUUCGUGCAAGAAGAAUGGGACACAUACUUCAGCAACGGCCGCGCCGAGCAAGUCCAAGGCGGAUGGAAAAGCAUCCUCAAAGCCAACCAAGCGCUCUUCGACCCACAAGCCUCGUACGAUUUCUUCGCCAACCCCAAUUUCAACGAGCAGCUCGAUGGCGGUGCGAGUCGUACGUGGUAUCUGGCGUACUCGGCGGCGCUGCUAGGUGCGGAUGAAGCUGGUGCGCAGCGCGAUUACCAGAUGGAUUACGUGGGGCCUGAGAAGGAGGGGCAGAAGGUUGAGGCGAGGGGAGCACGGGAGAUGUCUGUCGAUUGCUUGGAGUUCUGGGUUCAAUUGGCCGAAGCCUUCGAGCACUGCGCUGGCUUCCACCUCGUCUACGGCUACCACUUCGUCCAAGGCUUGGUCUUCCGGGUUCAAUUGGCCUCCUCGUUCGAGCACGGCAUCGGCUUCUACCUCCUCUACUCUUUCGAGUACUACAUCGAUGACUACUUCCACCAGAGCUUGGUCUUCAGGCUUCAACUGGCCUGCCCCGACGGUCGUCAAACCAACUCCGACUUCGACUUUAACGACUAA